AUGGCUGAGUUGGCUAAAUUAGCAUCAUCAUCAUCAUCACACCUCUUAACAGCCUCGCACGCGAUCGCAAUGCACGCAUGUCAAUCCUACCGUGAACCGCUUGUUGCACCACCAUCACUAAUACGCUAGAGUUGGAACGAGAGCGACGACAUCGGUCACGACAUAGAUCACGUUCCGAAUCCCGUUCGCGUUCACGAAAUGAUAGAAGAUCAUCGCGACGCAGCAAAUCGCCUAAGCAUAAACGUAGACGUCGCUCCACGUCAUAUUCUGGCUCCUCUGAGAGUAGUAGCUCAAGCGAAUCUUCGGAUUCUCGCAGUAGAUCAAGAUCUCGGGAACGUACGCCUAAGAAGAGAAGAGAAAGAGAGCGAUCGCUAA